GGAAACUUUGUGAUAAUGAAAACCAACACAAGGAUUAUUAGGUGCCAGGACUCGUAGAAACAAAAAAUGGCCACCAACCGACCCCCGGAUCCUCUCCCUCGACCCCGAGGGGGAGGAGGAGGAGCUUCUCUCAGCUCCACCUUACCCAUACUAGACAGACCAGGGAGUCUUCAGGUGAAGAUGGAUGAAAUGAAGGAGCACAUCACCAAACUCAAGAAGGAGUUGGAGAUGGAGAGGAUCUCCACGAAGCGACUCAAGCGUGACAAGGUGGCGGAGCUGCGCAACGUCAGGAGCGAAGAGCAGAAGAAGUCAGCGGAGGCUCUGGCAAGCCUCAGGCUCAAGCUGGAGGCAGAGAAGACGAAGGAGCUGGAGACGUUGAGGGAGUCCUUGAUGAAACAGAUGUCAUCCGAGAGGAGUAAAUUGCUUAAGGAGAAGGAUGCCUCAAUAAAGAGUGGGGAGGGACAGCAGAGAGAGAGAGAUGCAGUUCUUCAGAAAACUAAAAAUCAGUUCUUGAUAGAAGCUAAAGAGGAAGCAAGGAAGCUGCAUGAGGCAGAGAGAACCCGCUUCCUUAACGAGACGUCUGAACUGAGGAGCAUCAAGAAGAAACUAGAAACGGACUUGGAAAAUGCGAUGGCAGCAAACAGACAAAAUGGCGGCGAGCUGCGGAGAAUCUCGGAGGAGCAUGCCCGGGAGAUGGAUCAGCUGAAGAAAGAUGCUCGGAGAGACAUUAUUCGUCUGGUUGAUGAAUUGAAAACCAAACAGCGCGUGAUUGCUGAACUUGAGAAGGAGCUAGGACACCAGGCUGGCUAUGCACUCAAGCUCCAGGCGGAGAAAGAUACCCUGGGACAGGAGCUCAACCUUGCCAAGAUGGCCGACACCUGGGAGAGGAGGAGUCAAUCCGUGAGCAGGAGCGCGUCCAGUAAUGGUUUUUCACCGGACAGCAACAGGAAUGAAGAUCGGAGGUUGAAGACGACCAGUCCAUUUUCACUCAGCAGCAUCCCAAUCCUGGGAUCCAGAGAGGGUCUGUCUGUUAAACCUAGACCCGAUCUGAAUAGCAGGUCUAAGAAAGUAGACGCUCCAGUCAUCAAGGCUAAAAGCCCUACAUCGAGAAUCCCCACUCUGUCUUCAAGUCUAAGCGGAAGAAGGACUCCCUCUCCUGGCCAUGGAAUCAGCCAGAACGGAAACACCGUCCGACACCGAACAAUGAGUCCCUUAGUCCCAGAAAAAGAGAAAAAGGUAUAG